AUGGAUUUGAUCACAUCACCACCGUCCAAUCCCAAAACCCACCAUUGUUUCCCUCUUCACCGCACGUUUAACCGGCCAGGAAGAGCCGUUUUGGGGUUCAGGCCAUUGCCUCAGAGUUCCAAGGUCCUAAAUUUUGUUCAUUAUGAUUCAAAACAAUCACAACCCAAUAAGUUUUUAACAAGCACAAAGCUUUUCCGCCAUUUGCUUACCAAUUCCAAUAGAACAGUACCAACAAUAAGUACCAAUGCAGCUUUGUCUGAAGCCACAGACCCAGAGGCAGAUACAGAGCCAGGGAAGUAUAGGAGAAUUCUAUUGUCUGAUGUGAUUGUGAAGAGGCCUAGGAAUGUGUUUAUGGGGAGAGAAUGGAAAUUAAGGGAUAUGGCCACAGCUGGUGUUGUUUUGGCAAUGCAUUUACUCAGUCUUUUUGCACCUUUUCAAUUCAAUUGGGGAGCUUUUUGGGUGGCAGUGGCACUUUAUGUUGUGACUGGUCUAUUUGGCAUCACUCUUUCUUAUCAUAGGAAUCUUUCACACAAGAGUUUCAAGCUCCCCAAGUGGCUUGAAUACUUGUUUGCUUAUUUUGCAGUUCAAGCACUUCAGGGGAGCCCAAUUGAUUGGGUGAGCACACAUAGGUACCACCACCAGUUUUGUGAUUCAGAGAGAGACCCACAUAGCCCAAUUGAAGGUUUCUGGUGUAGUCACAUUAGUUGGCUCUUUGAUACCAAUUCUGUGGCUGAAAGGUGUGGGGGAUCAAAUAAUGCUGGGGAUUUAGAGAAGCAGCCCUUCUAUCAGCUCAUUCAGAAAACUUACAUUGCUCACCCCAUUGCUCUUGGAGUUCUACUGUAUGCAAUGGGAGGAUUCCCAUUCCUUGUGUGGGGAAUGGGUGUGAGAAUUAUAUGGGUAUACCACAUUACAUGGCUGGUUAACUCGGCUUGCCACGUGUGGGGAAAGCAAGCAUGGAAUACUAGUGACUUGUCCAGGAACAAUUGGUGGGUGGCAUUAUUAGCAUUUGGAGAGGGUUGGCACAAUAAUCACCAUGCUUUUGAGUACUCAGCUAGACAUGGCCUCAAUUGGUGGCAGCUUGACAUGACUUGGUAUGUUGUGAGAUUUCUCCAAGCUAUUGGAUUGGCAACUGACGUGAAGUUACCCACAGAGGCCCACAAACAAAGAAUGGCUUUUAACUAA